AUGAUUGAUGUCAAGUCCUCCAAUGAGAGUGAGAUGGAGGUUCGUACUGAGGAGAUACCACCACCAACCACUACUGACACGUGUGAGGCGGGGUCCCCCGUGCGAUCUACUAAGUCACUUCCUACCCCCACUGAGGUACCCUCCAUUGAUGUACCCUCCUCUGCAGAGCCAGCCAGAACCCAUUCGGGUUUGGGUCCUUAUAGGGCAGCCACCUCAUCUGCUCCACCGCCACUUGUUCCCCCGCGUGCAUCUGCUACACCUGCGACUCCUUCCUCGCGCGCCCCACCUCCUGCACCGGCACCACAAACUCCAGUUGCUCGUGUGCCACCCCCACUCCUGCUUUGCCCUAGUGGCCAUCUAUGUCAGGCAGUUUUUUUUAUGAGUCCGCUUCGAGUCCGUGAUCUGAUGCGGCUCACCGGUCUGAUGAAAAUGAAGUUGCAAGAAGCCAAUGGAGUAAUUGGGAAGCACAAAGCUCAAUUAGAUGCUCAACCAAGCCCCCAAUGCCGUAGUUCAUCAAAGAAAACAAGACCUUACUCGACCAUGUGGUGUGACUAA